AUGUCAAUCGUUACUGUCAUCGUCACCACACCCGAGAAUAUCAAUGCUGAAAGACGUCUCGACAAGGGAUGGACCAUUCAAGAACUCAAGUAUAAACUUGAGCCUAUUACUGGCAUUCCUCCUGACACUGCACAAUUGAGUCUUUACCAAGGCGAUUCCCUCGUUGGUGCCAUUGAUGACGAUAGUCGAAUGCUUGGUUCAUACCCUAUCGAAGAUUACAUGCGUUUGCACGUUGUUGAUACCAAUCCACAUCGCGUCAAGAAUCAGUAUACGGAUGUUUCUCUUGUUGAAAAGUUUGAGCUUACUGAGGAUGAAUACAAGCAACGAACAGACACUGUACGUGCAUUCAAAGAGCGCAACAAGCUAGGACGAUUCUCAAAAGAAGCAGCCGAACAAAUGGAAGCCUUUGAAAAGCAAAAUGAGGAAGCAUUUAGCAAGAUGAAAUUGGGUGAUCGAUGUGAAGUACAAUUAUCAGCAGAUUCAGAGGUGAAGCGUCGUGGAUGUAUUCGAUUUUUGGGCACCACCGAAUUCCAAUCUGGAUUAUGGGUAGGCAUUCAAUACGAUGAGCCAUUGGGCAAGAAUGACGGCAGCGUUCAAGGUGUGCGUUACUUUACAUGUCCUCCCAAAUAUGGUGCUUUUGUUCGACCCUCCAAGGUCACUGUCGGUGAUUUCCCUGAAGAAGAUCUCAUGGCAACGGAUGAUGAGCUCGAGGAGAUGUAA